GUCCGCCCGCGGGCUCGGCGCCGCCGGCUCUGAACGGUGCCUUCGGCAGCCUGCCGUGUGCUCUCGGGGGCCGCAGGACCGCGCUGGCUGCAGCAGGGCUGCCGGGGGGAAGGAAGUCCAACGCCAGCCUCAGUUCUGUGGGGUAUGGUGAAAUGCCAUGGGUGUGGGCCUCGCCCUGAAAGCCAGAAAAGCGCUACUAGCACCAGCGAGGAAGAAGGGAUGGGACUCUGCCUAGGAGACACCAGGAUGGUGGAGAACUGCUAGCGACGAUGCCUUAAUGAUGAUAAUUCCAGGGGAACCGAAGGUCUUGGCGUAUUACAGAAGGAGCGUCUCCCUGUUACAAGCGGACUUUGAUACCUCGCUGUAGAAGAGCAGCGCCCAGCAGGAUGGGCCCGCAGCAGCGCCGUGGAAGACAGGCCUGCCCCAGAGAGAAGAAGUAAUGCCUUAUCUGGUUUGAAGAUCUAAGAGAGCUUUCUGUUCAAGUAAGGCAUAAAGGAAAAUGGAAGAAGAGGAGACUUUACGAGGGGAAACAGAGAAGGCAGAAGUUGAACCGUGUGCAGGGGAAGCAGAGAGGGCAGAAGUUGAACCGUGUGCUACUCCUGGCCUGGGCCGGCAGAUAUCAGUCAGUGAGUUCCUGUGCCACUGCUGCUACGACAUUCUGAUCAAUCCCACCACCCUGAACUGUGGGCACAGCUUCUGUAGGCAUUGCUUGGCCUUGUGGUGGGUAUCGUCCAAGAAAAAUGAAUGCCCUGAAUGCAGAGAAAAAUGGGAAGGAUUCCCCAAAGUCAACAUCCUCCUCAGGGAUGUUAUUGAAAAGCUAUUUUCUGAUGCCAUUGAACAAAGAAAAGAAGAUAUUCAACAAAACAGUGAUGUAGCACGCAGCUUAGCAACUUUCCAAAAAUAUGGGAAUGACCAGAUGCCUACAGUUCGGAACACAGGAAGGAUUAAUCCUCGAGGAGGGUUUUUCUCAGGCGUUCUGACAGCUUUAACUUGUGUAGCAGUAGUUCUACUUGGCUAUCACUGGAGCAGCAGAGAAUUUGAAGAUGAUCUUCUUGUCCACAAGCCUGUUGCUAAGUGGACUCCUGAGGAAGUGAUACUCUGGCUGGAGCAGCUGGGCCCAUGGGCUUCACAUUACAAAGAAAGAUUUUUACUGGAGAAAGUAAAUGGAAGACUCCUCCUAACACUGACAGAAGAGGAUUUCACCAAAGAGCCUUACAGUGUAGAGAACAGUAACCAUAGGAGAGCUAUUAUGGCAGAACUGGAAUGUGUGAAAACUUUAGGUGUUAAACCACCACAGAAUCUUUGGGAAUAUAAGGCUGUAAACCCAGGAAAAUCACUCUUUCUGCUGUAUGCACUGAAGAGUUCUCCAAGACUCAGUAUGUUAUACCUAUAUUUGUUUGAUUACGCAGAAGCUUUCCUACCUUUCAUCCACACAAUUUGUCCUAUGCAAGAAGACAAGUAUGAAGAUACUGUCACAAAACUGCUUGACCUUAAAGAUCCUUCUUGGAGGCAAUGGAGAGAAUUCACUGUAAAGUAUUUAUUUUUGCCAUACCAGCUGAUAGCUGAAUUUGCUUGGGAUUGGCUAGAUGUGCACUAUUGGACAUCAAGAUUUAUAAUUGUAAAUGCCAUGUUGCUCUCUGUUCUGGAAAUACUCUCCUUUUGGAGGCUCUGGUCAAGAAGAGAAUUGAAGACUAUUCCUCACAGAAUGUGGAGCCAUUUCUGGAAAGUCUCAACCCAGGGACUUUUUGUUGCCAUUUUUUGGCCUUUUAUUCCUCAGUUUGUUUGCAAUUGUUUGUUUUACUGGGCCUUGUAUUUUAACCCAGUUAUAAACAUUGAUCUUGUGGUUACAGAGAUCAGGCGUUUGGAGACACACGUGCAGUGAUUGGCAUUGGAACUCUUGAGCUGUUUACCUUCUAAAAAUGGACAUUUUGAAUAAACUUUACUUUUCUUCUUUAUGUAUGUGGCAGUGAAAAUGGUGGAUUACGUUAAUUUAAACAUUCGAAAAAGCUUUAAGGUAAGUUUGUCUUAAACCAGCUGAUUCCAAAUUGGAAGAUGAAGGAAAAAGGAAUUUUUUGUUGGGAAAAAAAAAAAAAGGCACAUUCCUGCAUAGCCAUGUAAAACUCAUGCAGUCAUCUCACCCUGUUUGUAUCAGAUCAAUUUCUGUAUUCUGUCCUGAGCAUUCUGUGUAUUUUCAAGCCUGCCUUAAAAUCAAUAUCUUCUACACUGCUACAGUGAUUUCUUUCUUUUCCCUUUUAAACUUAGCAUUUCAUACCAGCAGUGUGUUCCUCCUUCAGUUUGCCAAAGGAAUGCCCUUCCUGGAUAGCCUUGAUGUUGAAAGAACUUAAUUUAUUUCAGUCUUCUUUACAUGUAGCGUUGUGACUGCCCUAUACACAGCCUCACAGUAGAGCUUUUUCCAAAAUUUCUGCAGUUGAAGGCAAAGACUUGAAUUUUCUUGUGUCUUGGAAAAUGUGGUAAUUACCAUGGACAGUUUUUUAUUCAGAUCAGUUAGACUUCAUCAAUAGCUCCUUUUUUUCUCUCUUCUUGAGUUCUGUUGCUAAUUCUUAAAUUCAGGGUUAUCUCUUAAAAAGGAUUAUUUCGGAAAAGUGACCUGACACUGUAAUUACUUAUGGCAAUAUUAUGUGUGUAUCUAUGUCUGUGAGCAAAUAUUGACUGGAAAGUUAUUUUGUGUAAAAGCAGGAUUGGUAUUUGUUAAUGUACGUUCCUUUGACUGAAUCAAAAGGUAAGAUUUUUUUCAAGAACUUUGUCCCCUUGCAUUCAGCAUUUGUUUGCUUUAUUUCAUUUGUGUCAGUAAUGUGGACUAAAUAUGCCUAUGAAUAUUUUUCAUAAUUAAAGAUCUCUCUUGAAAUCU